ACGCCCCCUCCAGGACCUCAAAUGACGCAGGCCCCGCCCAGCCCACUGGUCCCGGACCCAGCCGGCCCGCUGACUCUCUCGCCACCGCCUGGGAGGAAGAUGCUGCCCGGCCGCCGCCGUUCCUGCCCGCACCUUCUACUCCUGGUCCUCCUGCUGCCCUCGCUGCCCCAUGCGCGCGCGCCCGCACCCCUCGGCCCCGUUGCCGUGCAACUCCAGGCGCUCGGGCUGCGCGAUGCACCCCGGGGCAUGCCCACUCUCCGGCCGGUGCCUCCCGUUAUGUGGCGCCUGUUCCGCCGCCGCGACCCCCAAGAGACCAGAGCCGGCCCACGACGGUCGCCCCCGGGGACCAGCGUGCGAGCGUGCCACGUGGAAGAACUGGGGGUCGCUGGAAACAUCGUGCGCCACAUCCUAGAUGGUGGUGCGUCCUCCCAGGCCCCAGAACCCGCCAGGUCUUCCGGGUUGUGUUCCGCAUGGACCGUUGCCUUCGACCUGUCGGCGGUGGAGCCGGAGGAGCGGCCAACGCGCGCCCGGCUGGAGCUGCGCCUAGAGGCCAAAGGGCCGCGCGGCCGGGAGCUGAGCGUGGCGCUGGCGGCCGAGACCGCGGAGCCGGGACCAGAGCUGCUCCGCGUGCCGGUGCCUGCGCCCGAGCUGCCUGUGCGCGCUGAGCUGCUGGACGCCGCGCUGGCCGCCAACGCGUCGGUUCCGCGCACCCUGCGCCUGGCGCUGGCGCUGCACCCCGAGCCGCCCUCCUGUGCGCGCCUGGUGGAAGCCUCGUUGCUUCUGGUGACGCUGGAUCCCCGCCGGUGCUAUCCACUGCUGCGGCCGCGGCGCGAGGUGGAGCCAGGGCUGGGUGGCCCUGGGGGCGCGUGCCGCGCGCGGCGUCUCUACGUGAGCUUCCGUGAGGUGGGCUGGCACCGCUGGGUGAUCGCGCCGCGCGGCUUCCUGGCCAACUACUGCCAGGGCGCAUGCACGCUGCCCCACGCGCUGCCCGGGCCCGGGGGGCCGCCCGCACUCAACCACGCGGUGCUACACGCGCUCAUGCACGCGGCCGCCCCCGAUGUCGGCCUGCCGUGCUGUGUGCCCGCACGCCUGUCGCCUAUUUCCGUGCUCUUCUUCGACAACAGCGACAACGUGGUCCUACGGCACUAUGAAGACAUGGCAGUUGACGAGUGCGGCUGCCGCUGAAGGACAGUGAGACGGUCCCCGGCGACCCCUGGUCAGUUUGCAUCCAGGGCAUCUGGGGGCGGAUGUUACGGGACCCGCCCCACGCAGCUCCCAGCCCCACGGGAAAGCCAGUACUGUUAAUAUUUUAUUGGUGACAAAAAGCUUAAAACAAAUUUGACCAAAACUCAA